AAUAGUGUUUUAUAUUGAUCGAGAUUUAGCGAGAUAUUACGAUAGGUCAAGGGUGGCAGAAAUUUUUGCAGCGAGCAGAAUGUCAGGCAUACGGAUUCUCGGUGUUUUUAGGCACUUAACUAAACACAAUGCUUCGUCUUUACAAGGACAUUGGCAGAGACAAGCUUUGUCUACAUCAUCUACAAUGAUGGGAGCACGGUCUCAUGUGAACCUUGAGAUGAAAGGUGAUGUAGCAGUGGUCCGGUUUGAUGCCCCUGGAUCAAAAGUGAACACAUUGUCACCAGAGGUUUCUACGCAAUUCAAGGAAGUGAUGAAGGAGGUAUGGGCCAACCCAGAAGUCAAGAGUGCCAUCCUCAUCUCAGGAAAACCAGAGUGCUUUAUUGCAGGCGCUGAUAUUAAUAUGCUUGAAGCAUGCCAGACUGCUGAAGAAGCUGAGACAUUGUCUAGAGAUGGCCAGGAGAUGUUAGCUGCUGUAGAGAACAGCACCAAGCCAGUGGUGGCUGCCAUCAUGGGCUCAUGCUUGGGGGGAGGCCUGGAAGUGGCUAUAUCAUGUCAGUACAGGAUAGCUGUCCAAGGCAUGAAGACCGUGCUAGGUUGUCCUGAAGUAAUGCUGGGUCUUCUACCUGGAGCUGGUGGUACACAGCGCAUACCUAAGAUGGUCCCUAUAGCUACAGGCUUAGAAGCAGUUCUUACUGGCAAGAACUUCAAACCAGAUAAGGCAAAGAAGAUUGGCCUUGUAGAUGCAGUUAUAUCUCCAUUGGGCCCUGGAAUAAAAUCUCCCCAAGCCCGCACCCUAGAAUACCUAGAGGAAGUGGCUAUACAGACAGCACGUGGACUCGCUGAUGGAUCAGUCAAAAAGUCUCCAAGGAAACUAGGGUUGACAGAUAAAAUAAUGAACAAGAUGAUGGACUAUCAAGUUGGCAGAGACUUCUUUUUCAAUAAAGCAACUGCAGGAGUGAUGAAACAAACUAGUGGAUUAUAUCCUGCUCCAUUGAAAAUUAUUGAGAGUGUAAGGGCAGGCAUUGAGAAAGGGAAAGCUGCUGGUUAUGCCUCAGAGGCAAAGAAUUUUGGUGAACUAGCAAUGACAUCAGAGAGCAAGGCCUUGAUAGGACUGUUCCAUGGUCAGACAGAAUGCAAGAAGAACAGAUUUGGCAAUCCUGAAAAACCACCAAAAACUCUAGCAGUAUUAGGAGCAGGACUCAUGGGUGCUGGUAUAUGCCAGGUCAGUAUGGAUAAGGGUUACAAUGUCAUACUCAAGGAUAUGGCCAUGGCAGGUCUUGCUAGGGGACAGAAUCAAAUACAGAAAGGUUUCGACUUACAAGCCAAAAAAAGAAAAAUCACGACAUUUGAACGAGACAUGAUAAUGUCAAAUCUGCAGCCAACCCUCGAUUAUGAUGGCUUUGAGCAUGCUGAUAUGGUGAUUGAAGCAGUGUUUGAGGACAUCAAUAUUAAGCACAAGGUCUUGAAAGAAGUAGAAUCUAAAAUUGGUGAAAAUUGUAUAUUUGCUUCCAACACAUCGGCGCUACCAAUCACAAAAAUUGCAGAGGUCAGCAAAAGACCUGAUAAGGUAAUUGGGAUGCAUUAUUUCUCUCCAGUGGACAAGAUGCAAUUGCUAGAGAUCAUUACCACAGACAAGACAUCACAGGAUACUGCAGCUGCUGCUGUAGCUGUAGGCUUGAAGCAAGGCAAGGUUGUGAUCACAGUGAAAGAUGGACCAGGUUUCUACACCACCAGAAUAUUAGCACCAACUCUUGGAGAAAUCAUCAGACUAUUACAGGAAGGAGAGUCCCCCAAGAAGCUUGACAAGGCAUCUAAGGGCUAUGGUUUCCCAGUGGGAGUUGCCACACUGCUAGAUGAAGUAGGUGUCGAUGUUGCUGCUCAUGUUGCUGAAGAUCUCGCUAAAGUGUUUGGGGAGAGAUUUGGAGGCUCAAAUCCACAAGUACUUAAUGAUAUGGUAGCUCAAGGAUUCUUAGGUCGUAAGUCUGGCAAGGGGGUGUACCUCUACCAAGCAGGUGUCAAGGAGAGACAGGAAAAUGAGGCGUGUCUAGAUAUAUUUAAGAACUAUCGUAUACAACCAAAGACUGAAAAUUCUGUUGAGGAAAUCCAACUUAGAAUGGUGUGUAGAUUUGUGAAUGAAGCAGUGCUGUGUUUACAAGAAGGCAUUCUCAAUACACCUGCUGAUGGGGACAUAGGUGCAGUGUUUGGACUGGGAUUCCCACCAAUGAGAGGAGGUCCAUUCAUGUUUGUGGACACUUAUGGUGCUGAUAAACUAGUAGAGAAGAUGCAACAGUUUGAGUCAUUAUAUGGCCCACAAUUCGCUCCAUGCCAGAUGAUGCUAGAUUACGCAAAAGACACUACGAAAAAAUUCAGAGCAAAAUGAAAAUUGAGCAUGAUAGGAAAUAGUGUAUGAACAUAAUUAUAAUUAAUAUAUGGAAAUUUAAUUUCAUGCCAAAUGUAUGUUUAAAGAACUGUGAUUUUUGUCACCAGUGCAAAGCAUUAUAUGUACAGUAUAGUGGAAUGGACAUGUUUUGUCACUUAGUGUCUGUUUUUCUGUGAAUACACAAUUUUGACAUAUUAUCCUUAUUUAUUUUUGUAUAUGAUUUCUAAACUUUUGACUACAUGACAUGUUUAUACAAAGCAAAUGUGUUGGAACUUUAUAAUGAAAUAUGAAUGCUCAGUAUUAAUUUUUCAUUCCAAUGAAAAUAAGUAACAUGGAACUGAAUGUAAUAAGUGGACUUAAUAAGUUUCAGUUACAGACACCAUGUCAGCUGGCAUGAUAGAAUGUAGAUUUUAUACCCAGAUGUGGCCUUCUUUGAUUGUUCUAGUUUAUUCUUCUAGUUGACUAUUUUGAAUGUGAUAAUUUGUAUGUACUUGUCUCAUAUAGAAAUACAGAAAGCAAUGCAAUGUACAAAGGCAA